AUGGCUGCUACCUAUAUUCCAUCUUCUCCUUCACACUCUUACACUAGAGAAUGUUAUUCCUUCUCUAGUGAUAGUGAAGAUGAUUGUCAACAAGAUUAUAACGACCAAAGUUCAAGUAGAAAAUCCGUUCAAUUUUCGAGAUUUCUCGUCGUUCAUGAAACAUGGUGCAACGAUGAAUAUGACCGUACUUCAACCGAACCUGCAAGGCUCAGUUUCAAAGAAUACUCCGAACUUCUCCAACUAAGAUGUGAUCUACGACGUGAAAUGGAUAAAAUGAUGAAAGCCGCUGCUGCUGCUGAACAAUCAACAAAUGUCCAACAAAAUCAAGAAUAA